GCGGAAGUCGCGGCGCCGCGUGCGCCCUGCCCAGGGUGAGGCUCCUGUUCCGCUGCCGUUGCCGCUCCCGUUGCCGCCAUGGCUGUCCGCGCCAGCUUCGAGAACAACAACGAGCUGGGCUGCUUCGCCAAGCUGACCAACGCGUACUGCCUCGUGGCCAUCGGCGGCUCCGAGAACUUCUACAGCGUGUUCGAGGGGGAGCUGUUCGGGACCAUCCCGGUGGUGCACGCCUCCAUCGCCGGCUGCCGCAUCAUCGGCAGGAUGUGUGUGGGAAACAGACAUGGACUCUUGGUCCCAAGCAGCACAACAGACCAAGAGCUCCAACACAUCCGCAAUAGCCUGCCAGAUUCCGUACGAAUCCAACGAGUGGAGGAGCGUCUCUCAGCACUGGGCAAUGUCACUACCUGCAAUGACUAUGUAGCUCUUGUUCACCCAGAUCUUGACAGGGAGACAGAGGAGAUCUUGGCAGAUGUACUGAAGGUAGAGGUUUUCAGACAAACGGUAGCAGAUCAGGUGCUGGUGGGAAGUUACUGUGUUUUUAGUAACCAAGGAGGAAUUGUGCACCCCAAAACUUCAAUUGAUGAUCAGGAUGAGCUCUCUUCAUUGCUCCAGGUCCCACUUGUGGCUGGAACAGUGAAUCGUGGCAGUGAGGUCAUUGCAGCAGGGAUGGUUGUCAACGACUGGUGUGCCUUCUGUGGGCUGGAUACAACCAGCACCGAGCUCUCAGUCAUUGAGAGUAUCUUCAGGCUGAAUGAAGCUCAGCCAAGUAGCAUUGCUACCAACAUGAGAGAUUCGUUGAUUGACAGCUUGACAUGAGCAGUGUCGGUUCUUACUUUCCAGAAAGCUCCUAAGGAGUGAAGUGUCAAGCUGCACUUUGGAUUACAGACAUCCAGACCUUCUGAUGUUGUUUCUGGAGGCCUGGCCCAAGGAAAAGGCUACAAACCCAAUCUUUUGUAGUGUUUUGUAAACUGUUACCUGACAAAUAACACACAUAAGUUAUGAAUAAGGAAUGCUCUCUGUCCCUUUGCUGGCAUUUUCCAGUUAUUCAGCUGUGCUUUCUUGUGUUGUGAUGCUGACGGUGCCCUUCACAUGAGCCCACUAUAUUUACUCCUGUUGCUCUUGGAUAUUGAUCGCUAGAGAUUGUUUUGCCCUUAAAUAAUCCCGUAUCAGUGUUGUCCCGCACAGCACUCGAGUUCAGCACACAUAUGGCACUGCCCUCUCCACACUCUUUUGCCAAAGAGCAGUGGUUUUGCUGUACGUAGACUUAAAAUCCCCUUGUAUACCCAGUGCCCAAAAUAUAGUAAUUUAUGUGCCACAAAAUAGUCCAGAGUCAUCCCCUGCUCUCUUUCUGUGACCUGCAGCUGUUCCCCCAUGGGUGGUGAAGCUGAAAAGAUCAGGUGUCAUUAAAACUGGACUUUCCCAGGGUCAGUCCAGGGACUUCUACCAGCAGCAGUGUGUGACUGCCUCUGGAACAGUGGUGGUUGAUCUGUUGUCUGGUGGUACGUGUGCUGCUGCUGAGGCACCUGCAAGAGAGCUCAGACAAGCAUGAUAGCCAGUGGGCUUCAGUUUGUUCUGCAGGAGAUAGCCACCUAUGCUGGGAAACUUAGAAAUCAUCAAAUCAAAACCACCCCAUCUUGAUUUACCUCAAGAGUAUCUUGCCUCUCUCAAGAGUUAUCUCGAGUAGCUUGAGACAAAGGUUAAGUAACACGAUUCUAACCAGUUACACCAUUCAGUCAGAUGUUGCAGAUUUGGGAGCUUGCUGACUUAGACCUCUGCCCUCAGAGGGAUGUGAUGAUGACAAAAAGAAGCUGUAAGUAGUGGUUUCAGGUAGAAGAUAGUAAUUUGCUUCUAAACAGCUGCUGGUCACUGAUCUAUUUCAGUUGUUUCUGCUUGGCUGUUAGAGGUGUACUGGAAGCAUAGAAAUGCCACCAUUUCCCAUCAUGAGGGUGUGGUUCUUAGGUGGGUUCUCUUGAGUGCAGGUCUGAAGGCAGCGUGGGCAGAAUUUUUUGUUUGGUGCUUCAGGCUUUGUAGAAGAUUGACUAAACUUUCAUUUUUGUUUAUUUUGCCUGGAUGUUUAGGGAAGGUUUUUUUAAGUCUUGAUUAUGAUCCUUAAAUAAAGAUUACUGCAGGAUCUUC